AUGAAAACGGUCUCAUUGCUUUGGACCCACCUACUGACGGCUGUGAUAGCAGUAAUAUUAACAACAGGAAUAUGGUUAACGGUCAAUCAUGUCAUCAUUGCACUUUCCCGAGAAUUCAAUCAGGCCUUCUUUAAAUUUACGAAAUUGCCAGAUUUCAAGCCGUUUUUGGUUCUAAAACCACCAAAUUCUGCAUUCGGACAGUUUUCAUUCCAAAACUUUUAUUGGAGAAUAUCUCUUGUAGUGUCAUUUGAGCUUGAAAGGUGGUAUACCGAUAGCAAUUUUAAUCCUACUUAAUCAGGCUCACCGAAAACGUUGAUACGGAGACCCCGGUGACAAGAUCAUGUAGUAAUUGAGGUGGUGAAGUAGUUGAGACAAGAAAAGUAAUUGAGAUUUUGUAGUGAUUGAGAUAGGAUGAAGUAGUUGAGGCAAAAAGAGUAACUGAGCCCAUAUAUUAUAGGGCACCGCACAGAAUUGGCGCUCUGUUGAGAAACUCUUUUUGCAGUGCAAAUUGAGCGACGUCGCAAACUCGGCCCCGAGGUACCUCGGGGUCGAGUUUGAAAAGUUAGACCACGUUUUCAGUGGAAAAUUACUUCGCGGCCUAGAAAUUCGGCCAGAUUGCGAACAGCGCGCCCUUUCUGUCCGGUGCCCCAAUAAUAGUAGUUUGUGUAUCAUUCAAACAAAUUUUGUGUAUCAUUCAAAUCGAAGCACUUUUUCGAGUCAGGCCUUUCUCGGGUCUUUCAGAAAUCGUCUCUUAUAGGACAGCCACACCAACUUUAAAGCAAAUCUCAAGCGUAGUUUACGCAAAGCUUAGGCAAAACUUUAAAUAAACGUUACAACAAAUUGCCGAGAGAAAAAUUGAUAAUACCUACCACGACACAGUGUUGAAUUUUAUUUCACUAAUUUCUGCAGACAUACUUUGUUGCCGUUUCUCCCAAAAACAAUGAGAUCAUCAACAAUUACAACUACAAUAACGGUACACCAUCGAAUGGUCCGUCUUGCCGAAUCCCAGAUAUGCCAAAAUGUGAAGAAAGUUGCGAGUAAACUGUACCACUUACAAACUUAUUUAUAUUUUUACAUAUUCAGAUUUGUCAUAUGUGAAUCAAUUCCAGAGGGUCUCGUUUUUAACUCAAGUUAUCCAACUUUCACAACAACAACCGAUUGCUGGAUGAGACUGAUGAGUGAGUUCGAAAUCUCAAAGUCUACCAGUGUUCUCUAUUGAUGAAAACUGUUAAUAUUGAGCUUCAGAUGAAGCUACCGAUGAUAUUCUUAUUGGUAGCUACUAUUGGAGUUUGUUGGUCAAUGAUACUGGCGAUGGCUAUUCAACGGAUGCAACCAACACGAGUGGAGAUGUAAUUAUUUUUUCUGAAAUAUUAAAAAUUACUAUUCUUGCCUCUACGCGUCCACAGCACACACCUUUAAAAUUUAACUUUUUUUUCCGGGGCGCACACACGCAGUAAUUUAAAAUAUAACUUUUGCACAACCUACCAUAUAAAGUUAUCUAAACUUUGCGCAAAAGUUACAGAGCUUCACCCUGCCGAUUUGCCCUGUCAACCUUGUCCGAUCCAUUACAUCAAAACUUUGCUGUCCAAAAUUACACAAUUACUGUAAAUACUGUAUCAGAAGGGUAGGCUGGUCGAACAGGUGCCUGUUUUUUUCAGGCGCAUGUUCGACCAGCCUACAGAAGGGCAUCUAUUAUAGGGGCACCGCACAGAAAUGGCGCUCUGUUGAGAAACUUUUUUUGCAGUGCAAAUUGAGCGACCUCGGGGCCGAGUUUGAAAAGUUAGGCAGUAUUUACAGUAUGUUGCUCCGAAUAAUAAUAAAAAACUCCAGGGUGCUUUGAUCUACAACUCAAUUCUAUCUACUGCCAUGAAGCGGAACGUAUCAGUUCGAAUUACACAGAAUUAUAAGGAAGGAGGUUCGCCUGUUUGUCUUCGUUUCAAAAAAAAGUGCUCAUGCAGGGUAUUGGGAAACUUCCAACCUUGUGGAGAAGUCGAAUGGAAAAGUUCGCGUAAGGAGUCUCAAUUUCGAAAAUUGGUAGUAAUGGACCUGUAAUGGACCUAUUGAGUCGAGUAAAAUACUAUUAUUUUACUACUUUAUUUUUACUACUAGUAUUUUACUACUAGUAUUUUACUCGACUGAAUAGGUCCAUAAAACAAAGAACAACGAUUAACAAUCUUUCAUAAGUAGGUAUCCCGGUGGAAUAUUGCACACAAAGUCUUGGUCAAUUGACGGUCGACACUUUUACAUCGGAUCCGCCAACUUUGACUGGCGAUCACUGACGCAUGUCAAAGAGCUCGGUUUAGCAGCAUUCAACUGUCCAUGUAUAGCAGAGGAUCUCAAAAAUCUUCUAGAAGUUUAUUGGAGAAUGGGAGCGCCCGGAGCGACUGUUCCUGAACAAUGGGACGACAAUCUCGCCUCUCCGGCUAAUCACGAACACCCUAUGAGCGUUUUUCAACCAACAGGAAGUCAAGCCAUGUAUAUAUCGGUUUGUGAUGAACACAAAUUUAAUAAUUUAGGGUGAUUUUAGUGUUUUAGUGGGCCGGGCCGAAAAAUCACAACUAUGCUAUUUUCGAAAAUAAUAGAGCAGUCUGGGUAAUCACUCUACCGUAUACCAUUCAAAUCGAAGUACUGUCAGUUUUUCGUGCGGAUCUCACUCAGAAAUUGUCCCUUAAAACCAAGUUUGAGCAAUUUUUAAUAAGGAUCGCUCUUUAUAGGCUUCUCCUCCCGGAUUUCAAGCUUGUGGCCGGGAAGACGAUCUGGCAGCAAUGAUAAAAACUAUUGACGAAGCGAAGGUACGUUUUUUUUUCAUUUGUAAUUGAUGCAGUCACAGAACCACUCUACUUCUUACUUUUGAUUUUAAGGCCCGCACUGGUCGAAGCGGGCACGCAGUGGCCGAGAAGUUGAAGCUUGCUAAACUUUUCCCCAAAUUUUUCUAUAGCAUGUGAACCACAGCUGCUGUAUCUCGCUUUGAAAAGCUUAAGCCCUAUGAAACACGGGCAUUUAAUUCUGAGAGUACAAACAGUUUAGGGCACAACAAUUUUAGGGAAAAAAUUUGGAUCACUACUUCCCUAAUUUUUCACUUCUUUCUUGUAUUUAUGAAUUUUCCGGCAGAAGCAGUCAUACGGGCAGGCGGGCCGAGGCGGGCCGGGCGGAAAAGUCACAACUAUGAAUCUUUCUGGGAUUCGACGGCAUUAUUUAUGAAAAAAAUGUUGUCUAACCCCAAAAUUGUAAGAAGUUGUGCCCUAAAAUUAUGCAGCAAUUGUACCCUAAAAUUGUUGUCCCCUCGAAUUGUUGUACCCUGUUGUGCCCUAAAAUUGUUGUACCCUCGGAAUUAAAUGCCAUGAAACCCUGCGACGUGUUUUGCGUCACGUGAGAAAAUUUUGUGCUGUUCUUUUAAAGGCUCACCGCAAUUUUCUUAAUUUUGAUUAUACUUGGUGGCAUGUAACUAUUUCCACAAAUUCAUGAUAAAUUGAAAGAAUAUAUUAAUCAGGACUAUGUUUACCUCGCUGUUAUGGACUACUCUCCUUCGACCUUGUAUAUGAAAAAUGCAAACAAAUGGAAACCUGAAUUGGACAAUGCUAUUAGGAGAGCCGCAUUCGAAAGAGCUGUGCAAGUUCGUUUUAUGGUAUCUUUGUGGCCUCACACUUACGAUGAUAUUUACGGUCUAAUGUACUCACUGCAAGAUAUUUCCGACCAUUUGCCAUGCUACGAGUACAAUGACAACGGUGAGUGUUUUUCUUGUUAUAGGGUUAUGCAGAGGGUUCAAACACAACUGCUUUCGUUUUUUCCAAUACUUCCUAUUGUACUCCUCUAAAAAGUACCUCGCUAGCUCGGUUUUCAUUCAAUUUUUAGUGGUGUAUUCACAGUUUCUCGAACUUCUUUGAUUUAGACCAGCCUAGCUCGGUGUAAGGUUUCCGAAGUGAGAUACAGCUUCACGUGAUGUACAAGGGUGGCCGAAGUUUUGUAAUGCUGCAGAGGGAAGAAACGAAAACAACCUUUUCUGCUAACCUCUGCACAAUUAUAAAUUCAGGGUCCUGUGUCAAAAAAGGGUCAAUUGAAGUUCGGUUCGUGGAAGUUCCAGCUCUACAAUAUGGCAAAAUUCCAUACGCCAGGGUUUACCACAAUAAAUAUUUUAUAACAGAGAGUUCAGCAUACAUUGGUAAAUAGUAAUACAAACAUUUUUUUUGCUCACAAAAAUAUUUUGUCAGGAACAUCGAACUGGUCUUCGGACUAUUGGCAGUACACAGCCGGCAUUGGAAUAAUCAUUCGUUGUGACGAUGCAACCGCCCAUUCAAAGUUGGUGCAGCAAUUUACGUCAGUGUUCGAAAGAGAUUGGACGUCGGCCUACACUAUUCCUCUCCAGAAUUUCACAAUUUCCGGGAAAUGGAAAACCUCAGUCAAUCAAUUUGCUCAUUCGUAA